AGGACAGCUACGCGUUACCAGAUGAGUGUUCGGGUUCAGAGCAGCAUGACUGCUGAAGCUGUGGUCACCGUCCGCCUGGUGAGGUCCUUCGAACACAGGAACUUCAAGCCGGUUGUGUUUCACGGCGUCCGCUUGGAGCAGACCGUACAGGACUUCAUGCAGCUCGUCAAAGACGAUAUUGCAACAAGGCCAGGAUUUCCACCUCCUUUCAGGAAAUAUGGUUAUGACACGAUGAAGAUUAUCCAUCAGGCUCAUGGAGCAAAGACAAACGAGUUAGUGAUGAGUUUAGAUGAUGAUGAAACUCUGGUUCUACAUGAAGGCCAAACCCUCAGAGCUGCUGGUGUUGCUCAUGAGACAGAAGUGGCGUUCUUCAGGAAAGCAGACUACAGUCUCUAUAAAGCAAACCCCCAAACUGCCUGGUGACUGCGUCAGAGGACAGUUCAUAUACACAGGUCUGCCUGGAACAAGUUUUGUCAUGUUGCUACUGGACUGUUUUCAUUUGUGGGAUUUUUUUUUCUCCUUUAAAGUCAAAGCUUAUUAUCCAGCAGACUAACAGGCCUUUUUAUUUAAUAUUAAUAUUUUUUUUAUUUUAUGUGAAUAUGACUUUUAUGAACAUCUUUCUGUUGUUGGUGAUGUUGUAGAUAUGCUGAAAGUUUUAAAGGUUUUAAGGAACAAUGUUACAUCUCCAGCAUUCGCUCUGCUCUCUGUGAUCAUGAGUAAAAUGUUUGUGUUCUCAGUGUAAUUCAGAGAUGUUUUCAGAAGUGUUUAUAUUUUUUCAUACUUUGUUGCCAAUGUAAUUGUGAGUGGAUACUUUUGCUAAAUGUUGUGCGGUUCAAGAACAUGAUGUAGACCUCUUUGAAACACAGAUGGAGAGAAAGAUGCUUUGACUGUUCUCAGGGGAACAUUCGUUUCAAUAAAUGUGAAAUAGAAGAAGUUACAUGAAACUUUAGGAUUCUCUUGAAGCUCGUCAUCCGUAUAAACUGAGUGAACCUCGUAGAGCUUUGGAGUUUGUUUCACAUUUUAAAGGACUCAUACAGUAUGACUGUCUGUACCAGAGACCCUGUACCCUUCUAUGACUCUGAAAACGAAGGUCUACACCCACAGACACACUUUCACUGAGAAGCU